AUGAUGAAAGAUCCGACUGGGUAUAGAUUUAGUCCGACGGGAGAGGAAGUGAUAAACCAUUACCUAAAGAACAAAAUUCUGGGUAAGACUUGGCUCGUUGAUGAAGCCAUUAGCGAGAUCAACAUCUUGAAUCACAAACCCAGCAAGGAUUUGCCUAAGUUAGCUAGGAUCCAAUCGGAAGAUCUUGAGUGGUACUUUUUCUCUCCGAUUGAGUACACGAACCCGAAUAAGAUGAAAAUGAAGAGGACGACAGGUUCUGGGUUUUGGAAACCUAGUGGUGUUGAUCGGAAAAUUAGGGAUAAAAGAGGAAAUGGUGUUGUGAUAGGGAUUAAGAAGACGCUUGUGUACCAUGAAGGUAAGAGUCCUCAUGGAGUUAGAACUCCUUGGGUUAUGCACGAGUAUCACAUCACUUGCUUGCCUCAUCAUAAGAGGAAAUAUGUUGUCUGCCAAGUAAAGUAUAAGGGUGAAGCUGCAGAAAUUUCAUAUGAGCCAAGUCCCUCUUUGGUAUCCGAUUCGCAUACCGUCAUAGCGAUUAACGGAGAACCGGAACCUGAGCUUCAGGUUGAGCAGCCAGGUAAAGAAAAUCUCUUGGGUAUGUCUGUAGAUGAUUUGAUAGAACCAAUGAACCAACAAGAGGAGCCACAAGGUCCUCACUUAGCUCCGAAUGAUGAUGAGUUUAUACGUGGAUUGAGACAUGUUGAUCGAGAGCCGGUUGAAUAUUUGUUUGCCAAUGAAGAAAACAUGGAUGGUUUGUCUAUUAUGAAUGACUUGACAAUCCCAAUGAUCGCCCAACAAGAGGAUCUCAUUCUCUCUGAGUGGGAGGGAUUUAUCGCAGCCACCUUUUUCAGCGACAACAACAAUAACAAUAACCUUAACGUGCAUCAACUAACGUCUUUCUUACCGGGAUGA